CUAAGAGAUUGUCACAGCGCCAGCUGUUACCAAUCGCCUGAGCCAAUCGCCUGCGACAGAGGCCAGGCCGGGAAUGGUGGCGUUCCCGAGCUUUAAGCCUACUAGGGCUUAGCUCCUCACAUGACAUCCCCUUACUUCUAACAUAUAUAUGUAUAUAGAUCUCUCCUCCUCUCCUUUCUUCUCUCCUUAGCUUUAGAUUCUAAAUGAAUAGCCCGACGUUGCGUCGCCACCUCACACCUUCGUCACAGUGCCGUCACAAGGCGAUUAAGCAGGCGAUUACAGCGGGCGCUGUGACACGUUGCUGGAAAGAUUUAGAUCUUUAUACAAAUUCUCUGCACUCCGAAUCUGCAGGAUUCGACCUCACCCAUCCUCCCACUCCUACGUCCACCCCUGUGUAUCCUCGAAUACCAUUGAAUACGACCACCGAACGAGUCGCAAUCGAUCCUUCCAAGGCUGCUCUUAUAGUCGUCGAUCUGCAAAAUUACUUCUUGUCGCCUAGCCUUGGCCAGCCUUCCGAUGCUAUUGGGAUGAAAGUCGUGGACAGGCUGUUGAAUCAUGCUAUUCCAGCAUGCAGGAAGGCCGGCAUACCUGUUGUGUGGUUGAAUUGGGGCUUGACACAGGAGGAUAUCGAGAGGAUGCCGCCUACCAUCGUGAAAGGCUUCGCCGCCGACAACAACUUUUCUGGUAAAAGGAAGAUCGGAGGGUUGGGCGCAGAUGUUGGACCGGUUGAGCUGGACGAUGGCUCUGUGAUUGAUGGUGGCAAGGUACUCAUGUUGGGCCAGUGGAAUUCCGCCUCGUAUACGCCUUUGGAAAAGGCACGCGGUAUCAAGACCUUGUUAUUUGCUGGCUGCAAUACUGAUCAGUGCGUGGGUGGAAGUCUCCAAGAUGCUUUCACGAGAGGCUGGGACUGUCUUCUGCUGAGUGAUGGAUGUGCGACGACAAGCCCAAAGUAUGCUACAGAGUGUAUCGAGUACAAUACCGAAGGAGGCUGGGGUUUCGUGCUUACAUGCAAGGAGUUUGCGGAAGGUGUCGACAAUUUGCAGAAAUCGCCCACUAACAUGGACUAA